UCAUGGCGGAGUCCAGGGCAGGUGUGCGGGGUCCUCUGAUGCAGUUGCAGGAGUCCUUGUCCGCCGCGGACCACCAGAGCGCUGCCCUGGCCAGUCACCAGCUGAUCCGCGGCCUGGGGCAGGAGUGCGUGCUGAGUGCCAGCCCGGCGGUGCUGGCAUUACAGACCUCCUUAAUUUUUUCCAGAGAUUUUGGUUUGCUUGUGUUUGUUCGGAAAUCACUUAGCAUUGAUGAAUUUCGUGAUUGUAGAGAAGAAGCCCUAAAAUUUUUAUGUAUUUUCUUAGAAAAGAUUGGUCAGAACAUCAUGCCUUAUUCUCUUGAUAUUAAGAAUACUUGCACCAGUGUUUAUAUAAAAGACAGAGCUGCUAAAUGUAAAAUUCCAGCCCUAGAUCUUCUCAUUAAGUUACUUCAGAUGCUGAGAAGUUCUAGACUUAUGGAUGAAUUUAAGGUUGGAGAAUUAUUUAAUAAAUUCUAUGGAGAACUUACAUUGAAAAGAAAAGUACCAGAUACAGUUUUAGAAAAAGUCUAUGAGCUCCUAGGAGUAUUAGGUGAAGUGCAUCCUAGUGAGAUGAUAAAUCAUUCAGAAAACCUGUUCCGGGCUUUUCUGGGUGAACUUAAGACCCAGAUGACAUCUACAGUAAGAGAGCCCAAACUUCCUGUUCUGGCUGGCUGUCUGAAGGGGUUGUCCUCACUUUUGUGCAACUUCACUAAGUCCAUGGAAGAAGACCCCCAGACUUCAAAGGAGAUUUUUGAUUUUGCACUAAAAGCAAUUCGUCCUCAGAUUGAUCUGAAGAGAUAUGCUGUGCCCUUAGCUGGCCUACGUUUAUUUGCCUUGCAUGCAUCUCAGUUUAGCAUCUGCCUUCUGGACAACUAUGUUUCUUUAUUUGAAGUACUGUCAAAAUGGUGCAGCCAUACAAACGUGGAAUUGAAAAAAGCCGCACAUUCAGCCCUGGAAUCAUUUCUGAAACAGAUUUCUUUUAUGGUGACAAAAGAUGCAGAGGUGCAUAAGACUACGCUGCGGUACUUUAUGGAACAAUUCUAUGGAAUCAUCAGAAAUGUGGAUUCAAAUAACAAGGAGUUAUCCAUUGCUAUUCGUGGAUAUGGACUAUUUGCGGGACCUUGCAAGAUUAUAAAUGCAGAAGAUGUUGACUUCAUGUAUGUUGAGCUCAUUCAGCGCUGCAAGCAGAUGUUCCUCACUCAUACAGACACUAUUGAUGACCAUGUUUAUCAGAUGCCGAGUUUUCUCCAGUCUAUUGCAAGUGUCUUGCUUCAACUUGACACAGUUCCUGAGGUGUACACUCCAGUUCUGGAACAUCUCAUGGUGGUACAGAUAGACAUUUUCCCACAGUAUAGUCCAAAAAUGCAGUUGCUAUGUUCUAAAGCCAUAGUGAAAGUUUUCCUAGCCUUAGCAGAAAAGGGGCCAGUUCUCUGGAAUUGCAUUAGUACUGUGGUGCAUCAGGGUUUAAUAAGAAUAUGUUCUAAACCAGUGAUCCUUCAAAAGGGUGUUGAGUCUGAAGACCAUCGUGCCUCAGGGGAGGUUAGAUCUGGUAAAUGGAAAGUGCCCACCUACAAAGACUAUGUGGAUCUCUUUAGACAUCUCCUGAGCUGUGACCAGAUGAUGGAUUUAAUUUUAGUAGAUGAACCAUUUCUCUUUGUGAAUUCCUCCCUUCAAAGUCUCAAUCGCUUACUCUAUGAUGAAUUUAUAAAAUCCAUUUUGAAGAUUGUGGAGAAAUUGGAUCUUGCACUAGAAAAACGGACUGCUGGGGAACAAGAGGAUGAAACUGAGGCUGCUGGUAUUUGGGUAAUCCCAACUUCAGAUCCAACUGCUAACUUGCAUCCUGCUAAACCUAAAGAUUUUUCAGCUUUCAUUAACCUGGUGGAAUUUUGCAGAGAGAUUCUCCCUGAGAAACAAGUAAGACAUUUUGAACCAUGGGUGUAUUCAUUUGCAUAUGAGUUAAUUGUGCAGUCUACACGGUUGCCACUCAUCAGUGGUUUCUACAAAUUGCUUUCUGUUGCAGUGAGAAAUGCCAGGAAAAUAAAAUAUUUUGAGGGAGUUAGCCCAAACAGUCUGAAACAUUCUCCUAAGGAUCUAGAAAAAUGUUCUUGUUUUGCUUUACUUGCAAAAUUUGGCAAAGAGGUAUCAGUUAAAAUGAAGCAAUACAAAGAUGAACUGUUGGCCUCCUGUUUGACCUUUGUUCUGUCUCUGCCACAUGACAUCAUUGAACUUGAUGUUAGAAGCUACAUUCCUGCAUUGCAGAUGGCUUUCAAGCUGGGCCUGAGUUAUACCCCACUGGCAGAAACAGGUCUGAAUGCCCUUGAAGAGUGGUCAGCUCACAUGUGCAAGCAUGUAAUUCAGCCUUAUUACAAAGACAUUCUCCCUUACCUUGAUGGAUACCUGAAGACUUCCACCUUAUUAGAUGAGACCAAGAACAACUGGGAAGUGUCAGCACUUUCUCAGGCUGCCCAGAAAGGAUUUAAUAAAGUUGUGUUAAAGCAUCUGAAAAAGACAACGAACAUUUCAUCAAAUGAAGCACUAUCCUUAGAAGAAAUAAGAGUUAGAGUUGUACAACUGCUUGGAUCUCUAGGAGGACAAAUAAAUAAAAAUCUUGUAACAGCUGCAUCCUCAGAUGAAAUGAUGAAGAAAUGUGUGGCUUGGGACAGAGAGAAGAGACUCAGCUUUGCAGUGCCAUUCAGAGAGAUGAAGCCUGUUAUUUAUCUGGAUGUAUUUUUGCCUCGGGUCACUGAAUUGGCUCUCUCAUCUAGUGAUAGACAAACUAAAGUAGCAGCUUGUGAACUGUUGCACAGCAUGGUUAUGUUCAUGUUGGGAAAAGCCUCUCAGAUGCCUGAAGCUGGUCAGGAUACCCCACCCAUGUACCAGCUCUAUAAACAUACUUUUCCUGUGCUGCUUCGUCUUGCAUGUGAUGUGGAUCAGGUGACAAGGCAACUCUAUGAGCCACUUGUUAUGCAGCUGAUUCACUGGUUCACUAACAAUAAGAAAUUUGAAAGUCAGGAUACUGUUGCCUUGCUAGAAACCAUAUUGGAUGGUAUUGUAGACCCCAUUGACAGUACUUUAAGAGAUUUUUGUGGUCACUGUAUUCGAGAAUUCCUCAAAUGGUCCAUUAAACAAACAACACCACAGCAGCAGGAAAAGAGUCCAAUCAACACCAAAUCACUUUUCAAGCGGCUGUAUAGUUUUGCACUUCAUCCCAAUGCCUUUAAGAGGUUAGGAGCAGCACUUGCUUUUAAUAACAUCUACAAGGAAUUCAGGGAAGAAGAGUCCCUGGUAGAACAGUUUGUGUUUGAAACCUUGGUGAUAUAUAUGGAAAGUCUGGCCCUGGCACAUGCAGAUGAGAAAUCCUUAGGUACAAUUCGGCAGUGUUGUGAUGCCAUUGAUCACCUAAGACGCAUCAUUGAAAAGAAGCAUGUUUCUUUAAACAAAGCAAAAAAACGACGUUUGCCACAAGGAUUCCCACCAUCGGCAUCAUUGUGUUUAUUUGAUCUGGUCAAGUGGCUUUUUGCUCGCUGUGGAAGGCCCCAGACAGAAUGUCGACACAAGUCCAUAGAACUCUUUUAUAAAUUUGUUCCUUUACUCCCAGGCAACAAAUCCCCUUCUUUAUGGCUGAAAGAUGUUAUCAAGGAAGAAGACACUUCUUUUCUCAUAAACACAUUCGAGGGGGGAGGUAGCAGCUGUGACCAGCCAGCUGGUAUCCUUGCUCAGCCAACCCUCUUCCAUUUGCAAGGGCCAUUCAGUCUGAGAGCUGUCCUUCAGUGGCUGGACCUGCUUCUGGCUGCACUGGAGUGCUAUAACACGUUCAUCCAGGGGAAAACUGUGGAAGUGCGUGAAGUCCUAGGUACUGAAGCACAGUCUUCACUUUUCAAGUCAGUGGCCUUCUUUUUAGAAAGCAUUGCUGCCCAUGAUAUCACAGCAGCUAAACAGUGCUUUGGCCCCGAGCCAGCAGUGCCAAACCAGCAAUGCCCACCCAGCCCACAAGAGGAGGAAAAGUACAACUACAGCAAAUGCACAGUUGUGGUCCGGAUUAUGGAAUUUACCACAACCCUGCUCAACACUUCCCUAGAAGGAUGGAAGUUCCUGGAGAAGGAUUUGUGUAACACAGACCUUAUGAAACUCUUGGUGAAAACAUUAUGUGAGCCUGUGAGUAUAGGUUUCAAUAUCGGCGAUGUCCAGGUUAUGUCCAGUCUUCCCAGCGUGUGUGUGAACCUGAUGAAAGCACUAAAGAAGUCCCAAUACAGAGACAUGCUGGAGACUUAUCUGAAAGAAAAAGUGACACCACAGAGUAUUGAGGAGCUCUGUACCAUUGACUUGUAUGGCCCUGAUGCUCACUUGGAGAGGACCAGAAUGGCGUCUGUUGUGUCAGCCUAUAAACAACUUCAUGGAGCUGGCUUCUUGCAUGUUAUAUUACCAUCUCAGUCUACAGCCCUGCAAAAUUCUAUUGGCACAAGAUUUCUCUCCCUGAUUUACAAAGGCAUUGCACCUGGAGACGAAAAGCAGUGCCUGCCAUUGCUGGACCCCAGUUGUAAGCGCCUGGCCAGUGGACUCCUGGAGCUGGCUUUUUCUUUUGGAGGGCUGUGUGAACACCUUGUGAGUCUUCUUUUGAAUGGAGUGCUGCUGUCCACGCCCUCUUUGAGUAGCUUACCGAGAAGUAUCAAUAGCUUCUCCCAUGGAGAGUAUUUCUAUUCCUUGUUCUCAGAAAUAAUCAAUGCUGAACUUUUGAAAAAUCUAGAUACUGCUGUUUCAGCGCUCAUGAAAUCAUCAGUGGAUAAUCCCAAAAUGGUGACUGCUGUUUUAAAUGGCAUGUUGGAUCAGAGCUUCAGGGAUCGAGCUGUUCAGAAACAUCAAGGACUGAAGCUUGCAACUACGAUUCUACAAAACUGGAAGAAGUGUGAUUCAUGGUGGGCCAAGGAUUCUGCUCCAGAAAGUAAAAUGGCAGUGCUGACCUUACUGGCAAAAAUUUUACAGAUUGAUUCAUCUGUGUCUUUCAAUACAAAUCACAGCGCAUUCCCUGAAGUCUUCACUACAUAUACUAGUCUACUUGCUGAUUCCAAGUUGGGGCUUCAUUUAAAGAGCCAAGCUGUAAUUCUUCUUCCAUUCUUCACCAAUCUUACUGGAGGCAGUCUGGAAGACCUAAAGCAUGUGCUCGAAAAGCUCAUUGUUUUUAAUUUCCCUAUGAAGUCUGACGAAUUUCCCCCAGGAACGCUGAGGUACAAUAAUUACGUGGACUGCAUGAAAAAGUUUCUAGAUGCUUUGGAAUUAUCUCAAAGUCCUAUAUUGUUAAAGUUGAUGACAGAAAUUCUUUGUCGGGAACAGCAGCAUGUUAUGGAAGAAUUAUUUCAAACCACUUUCAAAAAGAUUGCCAGGAGGAGUUCAUGUGUCACACAAUUAAGCCUCCUGGAAAGUGUGUAUAGAAUGUUCCAGAAGGAUGACCUACUUUCAAAUGUCACUCGUCAAGCAUUUGUAGACCGCUCCCUCCUGACUCUAUUGUGGCACUGCAACCUAGAUGCUCUGAGAGAAUUCUUUAGCAAAAUUGUGGUUGAUGCCAUUGAUAUGUUGAAGUCCAGGUUUACAAAGCUAAAUGAAUCUACCUUUGACACUCAAAUCACCAAGAAGAUGGGCUAUUAUAAAAUUCUAGAUGUGAUGUAUUCUCGUCUACCAAAAGAUGACGUUCACUCUAAGGAAUCUAAAAUUAAUCAAGUUUUCCAUGGCUCCUGUAUGACAGAAGGAAAUGAACUUACAAAGACACUUAUUAAGCUGUGCCACGAUGCUUUUACAGAGAACAUGGCAGGGGAGAGCCAGUUGUUGGAGAGGAGAAGACUUUACCAUUGUGCUGCAUAUAAUUGUGCCAUUUCGGUUAUCUGCUGUGUCUUCAGUGAAUUGAGAUUUUACCAAGGUUUUCUGUUCAGUGAGAAACCAGAGAAGAACUUGUUUAUUUUUGAAAAUCUGGUAGACCUGAAGCGCUGCUAUACAUUUCCUGUAGAAGUUGAGAUUCCCAUGGAAAGAAAGAAAAAGUACAUUGAAAUCAGAAAAGAAGCCAGAGAAGCAGCAAAUGGGGCUUCAGAUGGUCCUCAAUAUAUGUCUUCCUUGUCAUAUUUGGCAGACUGUAGCCUGAGUGAGGAAAUGAGUCAAUUUGACUUCUCAACUGGAGUUCAGAGCUAUUCUUAUAACUCCCAAGACUCUAAUUCUACCACUAGUCAUUUUCGGACACUGAAACAUCAAGACCCCAAGAUCCAAGAUGAUGUCCUGGAGUUAGAGAUGGAUGAGCUCAAUCAACAUGAAUGUAUGGCAACCAUGACAGCCCUGAUUAAGCACAUGCAGAGAAAUCUGAUCCCACCCAAAGAAGAGGGUUCAGUGUCAAAAGAUCUUCCUCCUUGGAUGAAAGUUAUUCAUGACAAACUAGGAAAUCCAUCAGUACCAUUAAAUAUCCGCCUCUUCUUAGCCAAGCUUGUUAUUAAUGCAGAAGAGGUCUUUCGCCUUUAUGCAAAGCACUGGCUUAGCCCUUUGCUACAGCUGGCCAUUUCGGAAAACAACGGAGAAGGAAUUCACUACAUGGUGGUUGAGAUAGUGGCUACUGUUCUUUCAUGGACAGGUUUAGCUACUCCUACAGGUGUCCCAAAAGAUGAAGUGUUAGCAAAUCGAUUGCUUCAUUUCCUAAUGAAACAUGUCUUCCAUCCAAAAAGAGCUGUGUUUAGACACAACCUUGAAAUUAUAAAAACUGUCGUAGAAUGUUGGAAAGAGUGUCUCUCCAUCCCUUAUACAUUAAUAUUUGAAAAGUUUUCUAGUCAAGACCCUAAUUCUAAAGACAACUCCAUAGGAAUUCAGUUAUUAGGCAUUGUAAUGGCCAAUAAUUUGCCUCCUUAUGACCCUAACUGUGGCAUAGAAGAUAUUAAAUAUUUUCAAGCUUUGACCAAUAAUAUGUCCUUUGUAAAAUAUAAAGAGGUAUAUGCAGCAGCAGCAGAAGUUCUAGGACUUAUUCUUCAAUAUAUUACUGAAAGAAAAAAUAUACUGGCAGAGUUGGUAUAUGAACUGGUUGUAAAACAAUUGAAGCAACAUCAAAGUACUAUGGAGGACAAAUUUAUUGUAUGCUUGAACAAAGCAGUGAAGGGCUUCCCUCCCCUUGCUGACAGGUUCCUGAAUGCUGUGUUCUUUCUGCUGCCAAAAUUUCAUGGUGUAAUGAAGACACUUUGUCUGAAAGUGGUGCUUUGUCGUGCAGAGCAAAUAACAGACCUGUACUUCCAGCUAAAGAGUAAGGGCUUUUUUCAAGUCAUGAGACAUAGAGAUGAUGAAAGACAAAAAGUGUGUUUGGACAUAAUUUUUAAGAUGAUGGCAAAAUUGAAACCAGUAGAACUCCGAGAACUUCUGAAUCCUGUUGUGGAAUUUGUUUCCCAUCCUUCUCCAAUGUGUAGGGAACAAAUGUAUAACAUUCUCAUGUGGAUUCAUGACAAUUACAGAGAUCCAGAAAGUCAAAUGGAUGAUGACUCCCAGGAAAUAUUUAAAUUGGCAAAAGAUGUAUUGGUUCAAGGAUUGGUUGAUGAGAACCUCGGGCUUCAAUUAAUUGUUCGGAAUUUCUGGAGCCAUGAAACCAGAUUACCAUCAAAUACCUUGGACCGAUUGUUAGCAUUAAAUUCCUUAUAUUCUCCUAAGAUAGAAGUCCAUUUUUUAAGUUUAGCAACAAAUUUUCUCCUUGAAAUGACCAGGAUGAGCCCAGAUUAUCUGAACCCCAUGUUUGAGCAUCCUCUGUCAGAAUGUGAAUUUCAGGAGUGUACCAUUGAUCCUGACUGGCGUUUCCGAAGUACUGUUCUCACUCCAAUGUUUAUUGAGACUCAGGCCUCCCCAAGCACUCUCCAGACCCAAACCCAGGAAGGCUUCUUCCCAGCCCAAGGGCCAAAGGUUGGACAAGUACGGGUCACCCAACACCAGUAUGAUUUCACUCCUACACAAGCUGCAGAUGAAAGAAGCUCAUUUAAUUGGCUGACUGGAAGCAGCAUUGACCCAGUGGCUGCUUACACAGUCUCCAUGUCAUCUGACUCCUUGUCUUCCUCCUUGUUGUUUGCCCACAAGAAGAGUGAAAAAUCACAGAGAAUACCCUGGAAAUCAGUGGGACCUGAUUUUGGGAAAAAAAAGCUGGGCCUUCCUGGUGAUGAGGUGGAUAACAAAGCAAAGGGUGGCACAGAGAGCCGAGUAGAAAUAUUGAGAUUACGAAGACGAUUUCUAAAGAACCAAGAAAAACUCAGUUUGAUUUAUGCCAGAAAAGGCCUUGUGGAACAAAAGCGAGAGAAG